AUGACGGCGCAAGCGGCGUUAAUCGCCGAUACCAUCACGGGCAUGAAGCGGGCCUUGCGCAGAGAACGUGACGAUAAUGGUCCAGACGAUCCGAUCAUGGCGCCAACGAACCGGGGGAACAAAAUGCAAGCUAAUGCUAAGUAUGUGAGCGAGGGUGCACUGGGUUACAUCAACGCCGAAGAUUACUACAAGCAGAGAAUCGAUCAUGCUGGCUAUACGCGCUACAUUCUUCAGCCGAACCCGAUUCGCUAUGAUUCAGAGGGCGACGAGCUUGAUGAAGAUGAUGAAGAUUCCGAGGCUGAUGCCGCGGCUGCUGAAGACAACCCGUUCUCUGGGAUUGCGCUUGAGACUCUUCUAUGUCCCCUAAAGCAUCCUUCCGAACUCCCCAUCCAUCCUUCUAUGUCCCAAGCAUACACGUCGCAAGCCCUGGAGAAAAUGACAGCGGCAGUCGAACACAAGCUUCGCCAGGAACGGGCUUUGCUCUGGCGCGCCAGGAGUUUGCAUAGGCAGUUUCUAGGUGAUAGCAGUUGGAUGCCAUGCGGUGUGCUCGAGACGCCUGACGAUCACUUGAUCUUCGACCCCAGGCUUGCUAGUAACGAACCGAGCAUAUAUGCCGGUCAGCAGGGUACAAUUCGGACAGGUAUUACCACAAAGGCACCUGCAUCAACAGCCACCCAGGACCCUCAGUCGGCACAGAACGGAACAAAAGCCCAGGUUAUUUCAACGCAAAAUGACGUGGAAAUGGCCGAGGUCCCAGCAGAUGGUGAACCCACCAAGAACGGCUUGCAGCUUAAGUCAGAAGAGACCGAUGCCACCGUUAAAGACCUGCCACCUCACCCUAACAUCUCGACUUCCAAUCACAACGGUGCAUCCGGGGCGAGCACAAAAUCACCCUCCAACGGGAGACCAGACAUAGACACAACGAAAGAUGCCGAUCCCGUCGAAACAACCGAACCCAACGACGACACAGAACAUGACCUGGAAAUGCACGACGGCUCACCAGAACCACUACGGCGAAUGACAACGCGCGCGCAAGCCAACGCAGUCAACCCAAACGAAAACGAAAACGGCUCCCCGCUCUCCUCCGACUCAGCAUUCCCACUCCCAACACCGCACCCCCUCUUCCUCGUCCCGGACAACAUCCUCCCCGACCCAAAUUUCGGCCUACCUGCCGCUGAAGCCGAGGAAACCCGCCGCCUGCUCUGGUCGUAUAUCCAGAAGCAGGAAGAGACGGUGCGCGGGGUGGAGCACAUGCUCGAUUCGCUGAAUAGAUCUUGCCGCAUGAAAGGUGAUGUUCUGGAAUGGUGCAAGGCUGAGGGACACGUUGGCGAGAUGAGUGAUGGCGAGGACUGGUAUGACCGUGAGCAGUGGGGGCUAGCUGAGGGUGAGGAAUUGAAGAAGGGAACGGAUGAGGAUGAGAUUGAGACUGUCGACGAGAGUCGGACGCAGGGGAAGAGGGGGAGGGGAAGGCGGCAGUGA